AGAAAAAUGUACUCAAGCAAACCUCUGGUUCUUUCUACAACCAACUCAUCGUGGUAAAGGUGUUCUGCAAAUUUUAAAUACUAAUCCAGGAGCAGAAUGGCAGCAACUACUCCGCAAUCUGUGCAUUCAGAUGUAAGUGCUCUACCUUCGGGGUUGCAAGUUUUUACAGCUUUUCCAGAUGUGCUGAUGAUUCCUGAAUUGAUUUUUGGUGGCCUUGUAUGGAUUUUGGUGGCAUCGGCCAGAGUAAUAGACCCUUUAUCACAAGGAUGGAUUAUGUUUGUCUCCGUAACGCUGUUCGUUUUUACAUUUAUAACUCUAAUAUUGUAUGCUGCUGGAGUUCACAAAAGGAAGUCACUUUGGACAACUUUUGAUGCCUUCUAUCACUUUGUUUCUUCUCUGUUUUACCUAAGCGCGGCAGUUUUGCAAGCUUAUGUCACUGUAGGUUUAAGUUAUCAGAUCCUAAACGACUUUAAGACUUACCAACUAAAUAUUGCAGCAGUGGUGUUUGCCUACUUUGCCACAUUUGUGUAUGUAAUUCAUGCUGUUUUCUCGCUGCUGAGAUGGAAAAAAAGUUAAUAAUUCCACAUGAUUCAUGGACAAAUCCAGCAAAAAGACCAACUUAAUACAGAUUAAAAUGUUACUGAAUUAUUUUCUAUAGUUUAAUAUUGAUGAUAUUGUCAGUAUGUUUUGUGUAUUUAGGGGGCUUUUUGAUGUACAUUUUGUUUUCAGUCAAAAUAUCUACAAUCAUGCCAAACCUUAAACAUGCAGAUACUUAAUCUGUAUUUUAUAGAUUGUUCCACGUGUUAAAAUGAAUGCAGUUCACAUAGUAUUAAAUGACUAUUGCAAUACAUCAUUCAGCCAUUGUUUUACUGAUAUGUAAUGGAAUAUAACUGGAGGUUGAAGGGUUGUUGUAUUAUAUUAAUAUAUGUAUAAAUAAAGCAUUUUUUGACAUUAAACACAAGAUUUGUAUUGCA